UUUUUGUAUGUUAUGAACUUUGCUUCAGAUUCCAGGACUGUGGGAUAUUUUAUUCCGUAGAUUGUUCCAAUCACCUCGCUCAAUGUUCGCCACAGCGAGAUUGCUCCCUUGUUAUUACGGCAGUGGUGAUCGACCUCGUUUCUCUCUGCUAGGACAUUUGUGAACCUGGUAAGGUUGAGUGCGAAGUCGUUUCGUUCGCACUGUAGUUGUUUGCAGUAAAUAGUUUUUAGCGUGGCAAAUUUCAGUUAGGUGGAGCUGCAGCAGUUUACACUGCAAAGGAGCAUUGCUUGUCUGCAACGAGCAAGAAUCCUCGGAAGCUUGAGGUAUUCCUCUUAUACCUUGUGGAUUCCUGCCAGCUGUUGGAGGCCGAAAUUUUUAGUGUGCUCUUGAGCACUUCUAAAAUAUGGAUUAAUCGAGUACCGCCUUUUUAACGUCAAAGUUGUGACCCGUAUGUUCCUUAGGUAUCGAUCAGUAUGUUUCGUUGUGUCUGUCUGCGGUCUCAAAAAACUUACUUCAAUGCAACACAUGUGAUGUUACUUAUGGGUCGUGCAUGCUUACCGUCUUUUACUUCCAUCUGAUUAUUGUGACAGUUUACCGCUUCGGGUGCGUUAUUAAUGGAUGACGUCUGGCCCGCGUCACGCUUUUUCAGCGACGGUUGCAGUUCUCUGUACGAGAGGUCUGUGUUUGAGGGUCCAACUCUGAGGCACUUUCAGCAACAGCAACAGCAGAAGCAGGAGCAGCAACAGCAGUCACUGCAGCAGGUGUUGGAAAUGCUGCAGAAUACAAACCAGCCAUAUCAGCCUCUAGCUCAGCCGCAGCAGCUCCAUCACCAUCACCAGCAUCAGCAACAGCAGCAACACAUGUUCCUUGCUGAUCAUUCACAUGAUUUACCUGACAGCAGGUUUUCCUCACAUUCCCUCCCUGAGGAGUCCGGAUCCAAAAUUUCCCACAUGCUACCCGCAUCAUCGGAAAUGUCGACGUUCCCUUUGGCCCAGUCCCGGCAGAUAAUGCCCGGCUUAGAACCCUCCGGAUUAAAUUCUUCAGGCAGGCUCGAUAACUCUGGACGAUUCUCUUCGUCUGUAGGCUACGAUCCUUCUGACAGGCUUGAAUCGUCUGACAGGUUUGAGUUGACAUCUGCCGUCGAACAUGACAUUGCUGGGUUCGACUGCGCCGUGGAACAUAACAUCGCUGGAUUCGAUUCCUUUGAGAGAUCGACGGGACCAUCCGAGAAUGCUCUUCCGGCUUUACAGGGGUCUCAUGAGGCUAUUCUGCCUGACACUGGACACUUAAUGAUGGUGGACAUCCAAGAUUUCUGCUGGGUGAACGAGAAUUAUUGUGUCAGAGUGCAUGUUCCGUUUCCAGGCGUGGACGCCCUUCCGCCUUCGUACAUAACGUCUUCAUUCACUAUAAGCUCAUUCUGCUUGCUGAUAAGGGGUCUUCACGAUAGUGUAUGCUAUCGUCUUGCACUAGACAGUCUGUAUGGGGAGAUUCAGCCUAACCUAUGCUGUCACAUGGUGCACAAGGACAAGAUUGAGAUUGCUCUGUCAAAAGUCACUUCAGGGCCUUCUGAUGGACCUGACACGGAUAUCUUCACAUGGUUCAGCCUCAGAUUGUAACACCCAAGGUAGAAUUAUAGUUGUAUGAUUCAGCAUCUGAUGCAGAUUGUGUAUAGAUGUGCAAACGAUAGUUAAGUACGUUCCCCUUUUCCAAACCAUAAUGCUGCAUGAGUUGCAGUUGUAGCGUAGCAGUAGCCAGGUAGUGACAAAUGCCCCACAAUGUAGGAUUGGAUGAGAUGGCAUUCACA